AUGUCGAAAAAACUCAGCGACUCCGCGGUCAUCGUCAUCGUCAUCGUGUGCUGUCUCGCCUUCAUCUCAAUGGGCGCAGCACUGACUCGCCAAUUAUAUCCGCCGAGCGAAUCAGGGACGCGAUACGAGCCGACCCGAGACCAGGAGAUGUAUAUGCGGACGGUGCGCAUGCGCAAUCGAUAUAACUUUCAUCGACAGUCUUUGAUGCCGAAGGAUUUAGAGUCGAAUUAUGCUACGGAAGAGUCGUCGAGGAUGUGA